GAUGACGUCACGGCGCACGUCUGUAUGGAAGGAGUCUCCGUUUGCGGCAUUUUUUUAUAUACACAUUUAACUGGGUUAAUAUAUAUAUUUUUUUUCAAGGCUGGUUGUUUAUUUUGUUUUGACGCGCCCCCUGCUGGCUGAUUUUUUGACCCGGUUGCGGAAGUGACGUUGCUUAGUUACCGUCGCUAGGGAAACCUACUCACUAGUAAGUUCGAGUCUCUGACACAGACAUGGUGUGUUGUUGUGUUUCCUUGUCGACACUCUGGGUUUGUUUGCACUAGUUUCAUCGCUAAAGACGGCGAUUAUCUGACGUAAAAUAUAAGCUAAUGAUGUACAGCCCGAAGGAACUGGAAGGUGAGGUUGAUCAUUCGUUUUUCGACAGCGACUGUGAUGUGACCGGCACCAAGCCAGAAAAACCCGUUCACCUAGAGAAUGAGGAGAGAGACAACACCAAGGAGAAGCUUCCCAUCCAAAAUGAAAGGCGGAGAGAAAAGGAGAAGUAUGGUGAGGAAACGUUGGCGAAAGAGAUGUCCGGACUACAGGUUCAAAGCGGGUUAAUUGCGAAGGAUGGUUCUGAACGUGUGGAGGAAAUCAGGAAAAAGGAAGAACUCGAGAAAGAAGAUCCAUUCGAACAGAAGGAUGGUGUUAAAAAAGACAAGGAGGCACGUGGAACAGACGACUCUGACACCUCAUCCAGGAAAUCUUCACCACUCCCUUGCUCUGACAUGUCCAAGUCAAACCACGGAAGCAAAUCAGACGAGUCGUCCAGCAUCUGCUCCUCCUCCUCUGCAGCUGAGGAAGAUGACGCUGUUUUCAAAAGCGAGGAUGUUGGAUCUCGUCGCAACAGGCCACCCAGAAAGUCCACUGGCAAAUCCCGCACCCGGAGCCAUAGCUAUGUGUCAUCAUCCAGCAGUGGAGAGAGAAGCCCCACCCCUGUGGCUAAGCCCACCAGCUCUCAGUCAACCUCGUCCCCACGGCGACAGCCACGACCAGGAUCAGCCAAUCGAAAGCAAAGGCCUAAAACCACAGAAAUGGAAGAUUCUGAUGAUACAGUGACAGACGUUACUCCUCUGUCCUCUCCAGAUGUUAGUCCACAACAGUCGUUCGACCUGGCUCCGCCCACUUCCUCAGAAACGCUCCUACCUGCUCCAAAUACUGACAACUUCGAAACUGUUGAUGGACAGCAGAAUACGGAUAGAGAGGAACGAUCUGCUGUGCUGAGCGCAGGCAGGCAGAUUGGCAGCAGCUCCUCCAUCAGCAGCACAAGGAGCAGUGCAAGCCGGCACAGUAAGAACUACUCCUUCAACAACGAAGAGGUGCGACGCAUCGAACACGAGAACCAGCGGCUCCUCCGCGAGCUCUCGCGCUCCUCCACUCGUACCUCCUCUCGCUCCACCCGUCGCUCCCCUGCACCGGCCUGCCGCCUUUAUCACAGCGCCCUCAACAGGCAGCGUGAGCAACAGCGCAUCCAGCAAGAGAACCUGGCCUUAUUAAAGCGUUUGGAGUCAGUAAAAGCGACUCCAGGAAUGACUCGAAUAGAACAGCUAACAGAAUACCAGCGCCAAGUCGCAUACCUUGGAAUACCUACACCGCUCAUAAGACCUGCAUCAGGACGACCCUCCAGAACCUGCCGUUCUCCCAGUCCUCACAGAACCAGACCUGAAACCGCAAAACCCACCAGAACCACAGGUCCACGGCCGGCCUGGUCCUGAUCCGAACCCCGUCUCUAAUCACAUGCAAAACCGCUCAAACGCUUCCCGCAAUGCAGCACCUCAGAUCUGGGUCGCGAGAAGCCGAGUUUCUGACGGACCACUUAAACGUUGUAAGUCGGACCUUCAAGGCCUGGUGAUCAGCUAGUUAUACGUUUUUAAUGACAAAUAAGUUGUACGGGUUGAUAGAAGUGUUUGGUAGAGAAAGGAACACAAUAACGGAUUUUAUCUUUACAAGUAAACCCAUUUCUUAAACCUGUCACCCUUAAAAGAAAGUUAGACUUCGUAUCAUGAUGCCAUGAUUUCACAGGCUCACUCAUUCUCGACUAGCUAGAGGACGUGAAAUCUGUGCGGUUUGUUGUCCAGUUUGGAGAUUAUUAGUUUUUUUUAAUAUAUUUUCAAAUCAAGGCUAUUUGUUUACUUGUGUAUCUUAAUAGAACAAACUGUUAUAACCCUUUCGAUAUAUGACCCAUCACACUCUAUACCAAUAUGACCGUUUGUGUCUGGAUUUAUUUUAUAAACUAAGUUAUUGAACAUACAAUCUGAACGGAAUCCUCAGCGGAUUUGGCUUGAUAAAACACAUCCAUGACUUUUCCUAUUCUCAGAGUAUGUGCACAGGACAAUCGACAUCAGCCAUUUAUAAUCUUUUUUGAUCUGCGGAGGAGGUUUGAGCUUUAUUUUGCUGUACAUUGCACUUAGUAAGGUCAGAGAACAUAAACAGAUCGCUUAGAUGCGAUGUAUGCUUGCUUUCUUUGUGCCUGAAAUAUCAGUAGGCUUAUGUGCAAGUUUAAAGAUCAGUAGAAUUAUAUAUAUUUAAUAUUGUCAAAUCUGUAUGUUGGAAUAAAAAUGUAAAAUUUC